UUCUCCGGUAUUCAUGUCAAACAAAAGUGAUUUUGUACAAAAAAAGGUAACGUUCACUACCGAAAAAUUACGUGACCUAAAGGACAUGGUUGUUGCAGAAUCACAAGUGAAAAAUCCAUCACGUACAGAAGUUGUCUUGGCCCUUCUAUUUAAAUGUGCCACUACUGCAGCAAUGAUAAACUCGGGUUCGUUCUAACCAUCUUCGAUGCAUCUAGCACUUGAUGUACGAGUAAAAGUUGGUUUGCCCUUAAAUGCUAUCGGAAAUCUUCUCGAUAUCUCUUCAGUAUCAAUAACUAGUGAAGAUAUCACGAAUGUAUCAAAAUUAGUGAGUGAAAUGAGAAAGUCAAUUGAGGUAGCUUACAAAAGGGACAACAUUAAUGACAGCUUAUUUGUGCCCUUAUUACUUGAACUAGCUAAAUCAAGACAAUUAUAUCAAAAUUAUGGGGCUAAUACGUAUCAAUUUACUAGCUUAGUGAAAUUUCCAUUACAUGAAAUUGACUUUGGAUGGGGAAAGCCUACAAAAGUGAGCGUCCCAAAUGGUCUAAAUUGCAAUUGGGCGCUUUUGUUGAGUAACCAAAGUGGAGGACUUGAUGCAUAUGUGUCACUGAAUGAACAAGAAAUGUCCAUUCUUGAACGUGACUCUGAGCUACUUGAAUUUGGUUCUAUAGUUCCAAGUUGUUAGAAAUUUAAUAAAUUAUAUUUACUGUGUGGUUUGUUUCUAUGUCUAAUUUGUUGUUAGUGUCUGCCUUGUUGUUUGCUUUCACCGUUUUCAUUUGUUUGUCUUACUUACUAGCUGAAGAGUGAAAGAAUAUC